AUGCUGAAGCUUGACACCGUGGUCAUGUCGAAGGAAAAGACUCAUAUUAGCAUCGUUUUUAUCGGACACGUCGACAGUGGCAAGUCUACUACCGUUGGACACCUUCUCUACAAAUGUGGUGCUAUCAAACAGAAAACUAUCGAGCAAUAUGAGAAGGAAUCUAGUCAGAUGGGCAAGGGUUCCUUCAAGUACGCAUGGGUUCUCGACAGACUGAAGGCCGAGCGGGAACGUGUCAUUGAUGCCCCUGGUCACAGAGAUUUUGUCAAGAACACGAUCACUGGCACCAGCCAGGCUGACUGUGCCGUCCUCAUGGUGGCUGCCGGUGUUGGUGAAUUCGAGGCUGGCUUUUCCAAGGAGGGGCAGACUCGUGAGCACGCUCUUCUGGCAUACACCAUGGGUGUCAAAGAGCUUAUUGUCGGCGUCAAAAAGAUGGACUCGACCGAACCUCCAUAUUCCGAGGCACGUUACGAUGAAAUCAAAGAGGAGAUUUCGACAUACCUCAAGAAAACUGGUUACAAUCCGAUAGCUGUCCCAUUCUUACCUAUCUCCGGUUGGCACGGUGAUAACUUGACCGAGGCUAGCACGAACAUGCCGUGGUACAAGGGGUGGACCUGCACCCGCCGUAGCGGGCACACCACUGGCAAAAAUCUCAUUGAGGCCAUCGACAACAUCGAGCCACCAAAGCGUCCCACUGACAAGCCUCUUCGUCUUCCCCUUGAGGAUGUCUACAAUAUCGGUGGUAUCGGCACUGUGCCUGUCGGUCAAGUGAAGACUGGCAUUAUAAAGCCAGGUACCGUUGUGCAGUUUGCCCCAUCUGGUCUCACAGCAGAAGUGAAAUCAGUGGAAAUGCACCACGAAGCUCUUUCUGAAGCUGGACCCGGCGACAACGUCGGUUUCAACGUCAAGGGCAUUUCUGUCAAGGAAAUUCGCCGUGGCUACGUCGCUGGUGAUUCAAAGAACCAGCCACCUGUCGAGACAGAAUCGUUUAACUCUCAGGUCAUCAUCAUAAACCAUCCUGGAAAUGUCAAAAACGGCUACUGCCCCGUGUUGGAUUGCCACACGGCCCAUAUCGCCUGCAAGUUUGCCGAGAUCGUAACCAAAAUAGACAGACGAACUGGCCUGACCCUAGAAGAAUUCCCCGAGUGUAUUAAGUCUAACGAGGCAGCAAUUGUGAAGAUAAUUCCAUCUAAACCAAUGUGUGUGGAAACCUUCACCGAGUUCCCGCCACUCGGUCGGUUUGCCGUCCGUGACAUGAAGCAAACGGUCGCCGUUGGCGUUAUCAAGAGCGUUGAGAAGAGGGUGGCUUAG